AUAUGACAUCGCGUUAUUUGAGCGUGUAGGCUCAUCUGGUACAUUAAAGCUCCAGAAAUGAAGCUGAGAUAUGGAUGAGCGUAUAACAGAAAGAUGUGCUAUUAGCGAGGCGGCAGAAACCCCCCUGAGCCAAUCACGAGAGGACCUCACGUGGCAGACGGGAGGUGCAGCCAAUCAGAGAAGACGUUUCUUCACAAUGGGCUGGUCUUGCUGCUGGGUUGAUGUCACAGCUGAUUUUUUUGUGGAGAUUUAUGGCAGAAUACGGGGAGCACAGAGGUGCAUGUUGUAGUUAUUCCAUUCACGGACCCCGAACAGUGUCGAAUGGACGUUUUAUUUCCUCCACAGCGGUGCUAGUUAACGUAAUGUCUCGGAAAUGUUACACCUUUAUUUUCCAACGGCAGCAGCAGUAGUAGUUUCAAGCCCCACUAGUUUACUUUUUGAACUUAAACAUAGCCUUUUCUCGCUAGCGGUUGGGGCUUUGUUGAGGGGCUGCGAGCGUCUGUUCCUCUCACACAUUCCCAGAAAACCAUGAGGACGGAGGAGCAACGCUGCAGGGAGGUGCGUUUGUGCCGUGCGGGACAGCUGAGCGGGGCGGCUCCGGUCACCAAGUCCCUCCACGAGCGUCUCCUUGAAUGGGGCGGUGUGUUUUGAUCCGCUCUGCCAUCCUGCCAAAAGUAUCGUGGGAGGGGGGUGCAGCGGUCCGACCGGCGGGGAGGGACUCUUGGCGGCCGGGGCAGCGAGUUGAACACGAAGACGGGCCACUGUGGAUUGCUAUUUGGCUGAGAUUAUGGUUUUGGAAAGGCCCGCUGGUUCUCCAACAAAAGCAAUCCGCGUGGCCUCUAGGCGGCCGCAGCGCGUGGGAAGAAACGUGUCCGCGGCUCGUUGGUGAGAGUUAGCUCUCCACUUGGCCAACUCGAGAGUGGCGCUCCCGGCGCGCCUGCGCAAUUACGCACGCACCCCUUUGUUGUGAAGUUUGCUCUCAGCCGAAAGUCUGCCGUUCGACGUUGUCCAAACCGUCGGCUCGACCUCCGUUGCGAGUGGAUGCGCAAGGAUGGUGGAGAGCCGCAGCAGCGUCCAGAGGCAGGGGGUGUACCGCUGGUUCUCCUCCCUCACCUCCGGCCAGAGAGCCGAGUUCCUGUGCGGCCUCCUGGACCUCUGCGUCCCCGUCGAGCUCCGCUUCCUCGGCUCCUGCCUGGAGGACUUGGCCCGCAAGGACUACCACUCUCUCCGGGAUGCGGAGAUCAAAGCCAACAACGCCGCCGACCUGUCGGGUCUCACCAACAUCACGGACGAGGUGGUGCGCAGCAAGCUGCUAGUGUCCCUCGCGCUGCUCGGCACGGACAACAGGGAGGCGGCGGGGGUCCUGUACCGGACCCUGACUCACAUAGACACGGUGAUCAAUAACUACGGGUUGGCGCUGAACGACGGGAGGACCGAGGAGCAGUUUCUGUUGCUCUUCACCAUGGCGUCCCACCACCCGGCCUUCAGCUUCCACCAGAAGCAGGUGCUGAGGCAGCAGCUCGGCUUGAUCCAGGACGUCCUGCAGGUAUGCAAGGGAGGAGGAGGAGGAGGAGGAGGAGAGACUGGAGGAGGAGCGGAUCAAUCCGCGGCCCAUCCCUCUCAGCCACAUCACCACUAUCACCAUCACACUGUGUCCCUGCCGCUGGCCUCGUUGUCCCCCGCUGCCUGCUCCCAAGCCUGCCACACACAGUGCACCUGCUGGCGCAAGAGCCAGACUAGACAGGCCGGCACUGCCUCAGGGGAGACCACGGGACGACGAGGCCGAGCAGUCAGCCAGGACCUCCCCGCCCCUCCCCUUCUUCCACCAGCGCCACCUCCUCCUCCUCUUCCUGCUGGACACGUCCAGGACGCAGCAGCACCGGCCAAGAACCGCACCAAAACGCUGAUCGAGAGGGUGGAGCUGAGAGGAGUGAGCCACGCGUCCCAAGACGCCACUGAAUACGUGCUGGAGGCCAGCUGGUCCGAUGGUUACGUGUCAUCCGUGGUUCGGACUCGGCAGGAGGUGGCGGCGCUGCUCACCCAGCUGUCUGAAGCAUUUCCUGAUGUCGCAGUGGAGGAAGUCUUCACUGAGUCCAUGGAGCUGAACCCCAGCUGUCUGACAGCGCUGCCCUGUCACGUCCUCCAGCACCACAGCGUCCAGCUGUUCUUCACCUCUGCCAGGCCUCUGUCCCCCAACUGUCCUGCCUCCCCGUCCUCCCUGCCUACGGCUCCUGAACCCCAGACCUGUCCGUUCACCCCCAGGUCCAAUCUCGACUGUACGGUUCAGCACCGGGGAGCCAACAGGGCGGUCUACCCAUUGGCGAGCGUCCAGCCCGUGGUCAGCACCCACAGCUCUGUCUCGAUCCGCCCCUCUCCUCACCUCUCGUCCCUCCCUCCUCCUCCUCUUCCUCCCCCCGUUCCGCCUGUCCAGCUGUCCCCCCUGACUCACCCUGUGAUAGCACAGUGCUCCUUGGCUGGCGGAUGCGACCCCCCCUCCAUCCAGCCGUAUCCCCAACACAGUCAGCCCCACUCAUACUCCCUGCCCCCCCUUCAUCCUCAAACCGGCGGUCAGGCCCACGCUUCCCAUUCCCAGCCGACGUCCCACUCACACUGCCAGUCCCUCUCGUACCCCCAGUCCCAUUCCCUGUCUCGUUCCCAGUCCCACUCACAGGCAGCGUGCCCGUCCCAGCCCAAUGCCGCCGAGCAGAACGGCAUCCUGGACUGGCUGCGCAGACUUCGGCUCCACAAGUAUUACCCCGUCUUCAAGCAGCUCACCAUGGAGGAGUUCUUGGCGCUGACGGAGGAGGACCUGAACAAGUACGACCUGACCCAAGGAGCAAAGAAGAAACUCAGGACUCAGCUGGAGCUGCAGAAGACUCAACUUGAGCUACAAAAGGAGAUGCACAUGGAGAAGCGGCCCUGCAGCGGCAUCGCCAGGGUGACGCCCUCCAGCCACGUGGGUUCCUCGACACAUGGCACCUCCACAGCAGGUGAAGCAGCCGGAGAGCCGCGGGUGGAGGCGGACGCCAUGUCGCACCAUCACCCCGUCUCAGCAGACAGCAACUCGUCUUCGGGCUUCUCCAGCUCUCCGUGCUCCGCCUGGGGGCCCCUCUGCUGGGACUCCACCUUCGACAGGACCAGAGACAUUCACAGGCGUGUGUCAGGUCUGGACUUAGCAUCGGGGGGUCCAGAGAAGGACCGGUCCUGCCUAUUCGUCCUGAACUCCAGCUGCCCCGCAGGCUCCAGUCGCCCCACGGCCCAGGUCCUGCCCGUGCAAACCGACCCGGCUCCUCUUCACCCUCCCUACUGCUCCUCCCGCCUCCCCCUCGGCCUCCAGCAGCCCCCUUACCACCCGCAGGCCGGUUACCCCCAGACUCUGCUCUCCCCAGUCUCGAACCCGGCACUUAUCCUGAGUUCCCCCCGUAAGCCCCGGCCCCUUCCGUUCUGCUCGGAGGACAGGACUCAGGCGCCGGGCUCGGGCCCGCCUGCUGGCGGUGCCGGCUUCCUGUCGGGGCUCGGUGGGGGGGUGGGGGUGAGGCUGGAGAACCUGUUCCCUGGGCUGAACGUGGAUGCCUCCCCAGCGCCGCAGGACACGCUGGUUUGCCGCGGCCUGGCUGGAGGUGCCGCGGGUCUGAUGGUGGAAACCAGUUCUGCUUUAACCUCCACCUCCAACAGCCUGCACCACGUCUCUCACCCCCCGCUGCAGUUCCACCUCUCGUCCUCCUCCCCCCUUUCUCCAUCAGGAUACUACUCCUGCUCACCUGCGUCUUUCUCCUCGUCCUGUCCCGCCACCAAAUCCGGUGGUUCCGGCAGUAGUGGCGCUGGCGGCGGCUUUGUUCCCAUGGCAACCGCAAGCAGCGUUCCUGUGGCCGCGGUGCCAGGCAACACAUAUUUCCCGGCCUGUCCUCUCUCCAGUCCCCCCGCUUCGCCAUGCACUGGCUCGUCUCUAGAUCAGAGCUCAGGCCGCACCCCCUCCACGUGUGUUUGCAGGACCUGCCGUUGUCGGGGUAACUGUGGUGCUUACGGGGCGUUGCCCGGGUACGCGGCGGCCGGCUACCUGCCGCCGUUCUCGGCCGGCCCCUCGCUCUUCACCCUGGGUCCUCUGCUCCACCUCAGUCCCCUGAUCGCCUCGUCCAGCGGCGCCGGGAGUGCCGCGCCGCCCUUCUCCUACCCAAUGAUGGUGCCUCCGCCCCUUUACCGCCACAGCCCUGUGUCACACGACCAGCAGCAGAGCUUCGCCUUCUACCAGCCUCACGGCAUCAUGGGAAAUAUUGGCCAGAAACGGGCCCUGGGUAGUAGCGUGUCAUGUUACAACUGCGGCGGCCAAGGACACCGAGCCGAGGAGUGCAAGCAGCCGGCGAUGGACUCGGCACAUCAAGGGUCCUUUCGACUCAAGUACACUCCUCAAUCGGACAGCAAGGACUUGGGGGACUAACCAGCGGAGACACCAGCGGAUUUGAGCCGUCGUACUCUCGACUGUGUCUCAUGUUCCUCUAGAAUAGAAGACACGGCCUCUGGGGACAACGAUCUGAAGGCGCGGACCUGUCAAAGUGUUUUAGCAGCUCACAUAUUUUUUUGUCUUAUCCGCUUUUGUCCUUCUUCUGUUCUGCACGCGGUUUUCGUAAGCUCCGCCCUGUUUCACUCCAGAGACGUAGUGGAACUCCUUCUGUCAUGGUACCCAGGGUGCAGCAGCACAACCGGAGAGUCUCAGAAUCUGCCUUAAUGAUUCGGCAUUGAGCGUCUUGCAGGUGGUUUAUAAAGCAACCGCCUAGCAAACAACUGCCGGGCGAGUUCAUGUCCGCUUGCUACUCAAGAUUAAGGUUUUGCCAUUAGUAUUUGGAACCUUUUAGUUGCUUUCUCAUCCAUUCUCUUUAAAGAGGGGUUCAAAAAUUAUAAUUAUAAAAACAGUCAGUUUAAGGUUAAAUGUGGUACCUUAUUUUUCAUGGCUUUUAUUUUUGUAAAACCUCUUGUACAAAGAGUUUUAAGCAUAAAACCAUUGGGAGCGCUCCAAAGAUGUUUAAACUAACUCUUGUUGAUCUAAAUGGAAGAAGGAUCAGGUUAAACUGCGUGCCUUAAAUCCUGCUUUGGAUGUUUUCAGAAACGUUAUGCUGAACUAUUCUUUGUAAACAAGACGCCAUUUUGGUCUGUGUUAAGAUGUGGUAGUGGACCGUGGAGCUUUGUCACUCCAACGUGUCAUUGCAAGUAAAACGCUUGUUUCCUCCAACGCGAUUGAUAUCAUACAGACUCGUAGAAUUCCCAGGAGCAUCUUCCAUUGUUUCUCUCAGCGUCGGUCUCCCUCUAUGUGGGAUGGUUCCGAUGUUAUGGCUAAAAUUCCUAAUAGCGGAUUCACAACGUGAAUCGAUUUUCACUUCCAGAUCUCUACUGAUGAGUUCAAUGAAGUCAUAUUUUGCGGUGGUAAAGAAGACGGACAGUGUAGCAUUCAUGAUAGGUUACUUCUAGGUGGGUACACACAAUGCAUAAAUAGUAGUGAGGAACACUUGAAGUGAACAGAACUUUUUGUUGGAUUACAAGAAAACUCGUCAGGGGACGUUUUGAAAGGAACCCGAUUCACAGGGUCUAGCAGCACAGAGACCACAGCUGACGAUGCAUUCAGGUGCCUACACAAGUAUUUCUAAGAUUUUGAACAAACAGAAAAAACUCGACGCCACUAAGGAUUUCAGUACGAGUUACAUACAACAUAUGAUGUAUACGUUUAAGAGUCUCGGCUCACACUUGGAAACUGGACUCCCUUUCCAGCUUCUGAGGGAUCAGCGGGAUUCAUCAGUUCAUUCAUUCGCGUCUGUGACGCCUGAAUCCAUCCCCUGUGGUUGAUCUGCAGCCUCUCUGCCUCUGGGCCAACCGCACAGGGAAAUGGCCUCCUGAGCUAAAUACUGGUCCCUCAAUCCAAAAACCAACAGAAUGCAACGGCAAACGUGUUCAGGGACUCUACCGGUCGGUACAGAAGGACUUUGGAUCUUUGGAUCACCGACAUUUCAAAAGUGCCAAUUAUUUUUCCGUUUAGUUUGGUGGUUGUUGUUUUAUUUUCAUGUUGUCAAUGCAAGGGAAUUAAGAUCGAUGGGAGGUCAAUCCUGAACUUGUAGUCACUCCCUAGAGAGGUGGAGCUGACUCUUUUUGAUAUAAAAGCAUUAUGUACAGUCUUUAUGCUAAACACAGUUGAAGUUGGGAAUAGUCAAAGUAAAUGAAAUGCUUCACGUGUGUUCAAGACUCAGUGAGUCCCUGGGCAGGACCAAGAGUUUUAUAGACACGAGGACAGCUCGUCCUCAAGAGGACACUGCCCCCGCAGGGCAAACCAGAGACGCAGUAUGUAUAUUUGAAAUGGAAAAUACUGAACAGCCAGUAUGUAUAACAACUUCUGUCUGUUACACUAAUCAUUUUGUAUGGUAUUGAAACUGACCCUUAAUUAAGUUCCGCCCAUGAAACGCAGGGUGGCCAAUCCCAAGCUCUCAACAGUCCCAUAACGUUAUGUCUCUGUUCCACUCUUACAGUCCCUCCAUAUUAACUUCUUCUUAGCUAGGAAGGCUUGGUCGAGUAUUGCCAGGGGACGGGGGCUAAAGCAAAGGACAACGAUGUCCCACAAAGAGGGUGCAGGAAUGUGUCCAUAAACCUGGAAAUGAGUCUAUAUUUUUAGCUCUCACGGCUCCUUUGGCCCAAUCCCAAUCUCCACCCUUACUGACUCACGCACUUUGAGGCGCGCUCCUGCUGACGCCGUGAGGGUUCAGUUCUCUUCCUCUUUCACACCACGAGGGCUUCAGGCUCUCUGGCAGACAUUUUGAGCAUUUUAUGCUUUUUACGUAAGAUGGUGACUUUGCCCAAGGGAAUUACCCACAAGUCAUGGCAAUGACGUUAAAAACGGGAUAACUUGUGAGAGCUUUGGAGACGUGAAAAAAAAAGGAUGACACAUGUGUCUUUGGACGACGUUAAAAGAGACCAUAUUUAUAAAUGCAAAAUCAAACCAGUUGGAGCAAAAGAACGAAAAACAUUAUUUUAAAUUACUUUUCGUUUAAUGAAUAAAGAGCCUGAAAUCAAAUUAGAGGGUAAAGACUUAAAUAAAUACCCUCAAUUGUAAAUCAUCUUUUUGGACGUUGUCAUGGUGACGGACAUGUGGCAUCAUUCACAUUUACAUCAUUUAAAGCCCUCACAGACUCUCACGCUCAACCAUUUUCCAACCCCUGAGGCUCAGGAUUCCUUUGAAUGGGUUACUGUUCGGAGCAAUAAGCGAGAGAGUUCUACAGCAUUCUAGACGCCAGUAAGGAGUUUUCAAGCUUUAACAUGGCUUGUAAGAUGCUAAACAUCCUACCUAGUCUACCCAUUACAGUCUUGCAUGUUCCACUCAUGUGACCAUGGUGUUAGUUUAUAGCCAAACAUCCUACAUUCAACAGAAAAUCCUAAAGGUGGUGUACAUUUGCAAAAAAUGAUCUUGCCAACCAAAACGUGUAAACGUCGUGGCCUGUGUUUGCCACAGAGCUUAUGCAAGAAGCCCAAAUCGACUGGAAAAGUCCUACUGGCAUUGUCCAGGUAACCAGAGUAAAGCUAACUUCAGGGCUGGCCUGCAAUAAAUACAUUUUUUAUUUAGCAGUUUCCUGAAACCAGACAUGUGUCUGAAUGUGCAAAAAGUGCCGGGUCAACUGAUCCUCAGCAUGUAUGUCCUUUUUGAAGUCAAAUGUGCUUUGGCAUUAUUUGUGUGCAAAUGUUUGAAUACAGUUCAUUUGGAGGUCAGAUUUUUUCAUCACUUAAUGUGUUUUUAAACAGAGGUGAGAAAUAAAAUAUUUUCUGAUUCUGUCUUUUA